CUGGCUAGUCGCGAGCGAAGGCGCGCGGAGCUGCAGUGUCUGGCAGAGAAUCCCCGGGGAAGCGUCGCGCCCGGGAGGCUGCCUUCACAGCGCAGGUGGACGCGGCCCGCCGAGUCCGCCAACCGCCGCCCCUCCCCCCGCGGGGGGUCCCGAGCUCAAGAUGGGAGGCACUGCUCGCGGGCCGGGCCGGAAGGAUGCGGGUCCGCCCGGGGCCGGGCUCCCUCCCCAGCAGCGAAGAUUGGGGGAUGGUGUCUAUGAUACCUUCAUGAUGAUAGAUGAAACCAAGUGCCCACCCUGUUCUAAUGUACUCUGCAAUCCUUCUGAGCCGCCUCCACCCAGAAGACUGCAUAUCACUACUGAGCAUUUAACAAGAGAGCAUCCUCAGCACUUUAUGAAUGGAGGUGAGAUAAAAGUAGAACAGCUGUUUCAAGAAUUUGGUAGCAGCAAAUCUGGUACUCUUCAGUCAGAUGGCAUCACCGACUCUGAAAAAUGCUCUCCCAUUGUUUCUCAAGGGAAAAGUUCAGAUAGCUUAAAUAUAAUUAAAUCCAGCAGUUCAUCCAAAGCACCCAAAGUGGUACCUCUGACCCCUGAGCAAGCGCUGAAGCAGUACAAACAUCACCUCACUGCUUAUGAGAAGCUGGAAAUCAUCAAUUACCCAGAAAUUUAUUUUGUUGGUCCAAAUGCCAAGAAAAGACAUGGAGUUGUUGGUGGUCCCAAUAAUGGGGGAUAUGAUGAUGCUGAUGGGGCCUAUAUUCAUGUCCCUCGAGACCAUCUAGCUUAUCGGUAUGAGGUGCUGAAAAUUAUUGGCAAGGGGAGUUUUGGGCAAGUAGCUCGGGUCUAUGAUCACAAACUUCGACAGUAUGUGGCCCUGAAAAUGGUGCGCAAUGAAAAGCGCUUUCAUCGUCAAGCAGCUGAGGAGAUCCGGAUUUUAGAGCAUCUUAAAAAACAGGAUAAAACUGGUAGCAUGAAUGUUAUCCACAUGUUGGAAAGUUUCACGUUCCGGAACCAUGUUUGCAUGGCCUUUGAAUUGCUGAGCAUAGACCUUUAUGAGCUAAUUAAAAAAAAUAAAUUUCAAGGCUUUAGUGUCCAGUUGGUACGCAAAUUUGCCCAAUCUAUCUUGCAAUCCUUGGAUGCUCUUCACAAAAAUAAGAUCAUUCACUGCGACCUGAAACCAGAAAACAUUCUUCUGAAACACCACGGGCGCAGUGCAACUAAAGUCAUUGACUUUGGGUCCAGUUGUUUUGAGUACCAGAAACUUUACACAUAUAUCCAGUCUCGUUUCUACAGAGCUCCAGAGAUCAUCUUAGGGUGCCGCUAUAGCAYGCCUAUUGAUAUAUGGAGUUUUGGCUGCAUCCUUGCAGAACUUUUAACAGGACAACCUCUGUUCCCUGGAGAGGAUGAAGGAGAUCAGUUGGCUUGCAUGAUGGAGCUUCUAGGAAUGCCACCACCAAAACUUUUAGAGCAAUCCAAACGUGCCAAGUACUUUAUUAACUCUAAGGGCCUACCUCGCUACUGCUCUGUGACUACUCAGGCAGAUGGGAGGGUUAUACUUGUGGGGGGUCGCUCACGUAGGGGUAAAAAGCGGGGUCCCCCAGGUAGCAGAGACUGGGGGACAGCACUGAAAGGGUGUGAUGACUACUUGUUUAUAGAAUUCCUGAAAAGAUGUCUUCAUUGGGACCCCUCUGCCCGCCUGACCCCAGCUCAAGCAUUAAGACACCCUUGGAUUAGCAAGUCUGUGCCCAGACCUCUCACCAUUGAAAAGGUGUCAGGGAAACGAGUAGUUAAUCCUACAAAUGCUUUCCAGGGACUAGGUUCCAAGCUGCCUCCAGUUGUUGGAAUUGCCAGUAAGCUUAAAGCUAACUUAAUGUCAGAAACCAGUGGUGGUAUACCUCUGUGCAGCGUGUUGCCAAAACUGAUUAGCUAACGGACAGUUCAGAGAUGCAUAUGUAUGUAUUUUAAUAUUUUGCAAACCUGCAAAUGGAAAACAGUGCAAGCCCAUUGGUGGAUAUGUUUUUGUUAGACUAGACUUCUUUUUUUUUAACAAGACAAAACAUUUUUAUAUGACUAUAAAAGAACUCUUCAAGGGCUAAUUACCUAACCAGCUUGUAUUGGCCAUCUGGAAUAUACAUUAAAUGACUUUUUAUAGGUCAAUGCA